UCAUUAAAUUCUUUAGUUUACAGCAUUUGACUAAUUACAGAUUAUAAAUGUUGAUAAUGUAUAUAUAUUAUAGAAUUACCAUAAAACAAAAAUUCUGCUGCCAUUGACUGAUUUAUUAAAUGUAUCAAAAUGUGGUCACAUCAUCAAAUUGUGGCAUUUGUUCUAACAUAUUGUGUGUAUACAAUAUUUCAUGCAUCAAGAAAGGCUUACAGUGAUUCUAAAGAUUCAUUUUCAAAAGAAUGGACCCCACUAUCAUGUAAUUUAUCAUGGCCUUGCCCGAGGCCUGAAGAAAUAUGGGAGGACAGACAAUUGUUCUCAAGCUAUGCAUCAGCAGAACCCUUUCUUGGGCUCUUGGAUUCUUUAUUUUUAGUCUCUUAUGCUAUUGGAAUGUAUUUUACAAGCUUUCUUGCUGACAGAGUGGAACUGCGAAAAGCAUUGGCCAUAGCAAUGUUUUUAUCUGGCAUACUUUUAUUUUGUUUUGGGGUUUUAACUCAAAUAUUACACUUUUACAAUAAAGGAUUUUACAUAUCCUUGUGGAUUUUACAGGGAAUUAUACAAUCAGUGGGUUGGCCAACUUGUGUUGCAGUUGUUGGCAAUUGGUUUGGUAAAUCUGGAAGAGGCCUUGUGUUUGGAAUUUGGGCAUCAUGUGCAUCGGUUGGUAAUGUUAUUGGAAAUGUCAUCACAUCUUCAGUUAUUAAUUAUGGUUAUGAAUAUGCAUUUCUUACCAUAUCUGUUAUGAUGUUGGGUGGAGGACUGGUCGUGGUGUUCGGCCUUGUGAAUUCACCUCUUGAAGUAGGUCUUCCUCCACCGGUUGAGACAGAAUCUUUGGAUAGAAGAACUCUAGAUGAUGAAGAUUCCCAACCUCUUGAAGAUGAUUCCAAUUCUGAAGACGAUAUGAAUGUACCUACUAAUGCAAUUUUGGAGACUGUAGAUAAAGACAAUGCACUUACAAAUACCACAUUGGAAAAUGAAAACACUGAAAUUGUAAUGUUGUCUAAUAAUCAUCAAAAGGAAUCCCAACCAUUGUCUUUUCUAAAUGCUCUAUUCUUACCUGGAGUUAUACCUUAUUCUCUCAGCUUCGCGUGCUUGAAAUUAGUCAACUAUGCAUUUCUUUUCUGGCUACCGUAUUAUUUAACCAAUCAUUUCCAGUGGGAUGAUUCACUUGCAUCUAGUGUCUCCACAUGGUAUGAUGUAGGAGGAAUAGCUGGUGGAAUUAUUGCAGGUGUACUGUCAGAUGUUUUCAAAACUCGAAGCUUAGUUUUAUUUUUCAUGCUUCUUGGUUCACCUUUUGCAUUGUGGGGAUAUAAAUCAUCGCCAAAUGAUGUUGUCAUUAACAGUAUAUUGAUGUCCAUUGUUGGAUUCUUAAUCAAUGGUGUAUCAAAUAUUUUAUCUUCUGCAAUUGCUGUAGAUAUCGCAAAACGGGAAGCUGUUGGUGAACACUCUCUAGCAACUGUAACAGGGAUUAUAGAUGGAACUGGAAGCCUUGGUGCAGCAAUUGGUCAAUACCUUGUAGCCGUUAUACAAUCAAAUUAUGGUUGGAAUUGGGUUUUCAAUUUGUUUAUUAUUUCCAAUGUAACAAGCUUGAUAUGCCUUUUUCCAAUUUUUUAUAAUGAUUUUGUGAAGCAUUCUGCUUGUGCCAAUCGUUUAUUCGAAAGGUUACUCUCAUUUCGUUCAAGCUAUCGAAGAAUUGAUGAAAACUAGUGUAGCUUGUAUUGCUUUUGUAUGUUAUGUAUUAAAAAGAUCUUGGAUUUGUGUAUAAUAAUAUAUACUGUAUGUUUAUGUAGUGAUAUAUGUGACUUGUAAUACUAAUAAUGUGUCAAUAAAAAUGUGAUUUGAUAACCUAUAGCCUCUGCGCUCUACCGCAUGUAUAAGGAUCUUGCCAUAUUUUGGAUGUUUUUUUUCUGUAAUGUGUUGUUACUAUGUAUAAUGUAUGCCUUUUCAUGUUGGGGAUUAUGAGUUGAAUAUUAUGGAUUUAAUUGCCAAAUUAAUAAAUUGGUCAUUUCUAUAUAGCAAGACUUUGUAUCUCGCUUUGAUUAAUGUUAUGUAUAAAAUAGAGACUACUAUGAUGACUACUAUAUUUACUAUUCACGGUAUAUAAUAACCCUUUCCCAGAGUCAGAUAAUUUGUUUGUUUACUUCAUUCGUUCAACUCAAUUGUGAAACUGAUGUUAUGAUUCCUAUUUUGACUGAUAGUAUUUUUAUUUUUCCUCAUAUUAUUAAAGUGCAAUUUUUAUUUCUUGAAGUCAUAUUGGUACUCAACAUUCAUUUCAG